AUGGUGAAGAAGAGCGUUAUAUCAGAGAUGGAGACACAGAAGCCCGCUUCUGAGUGCUUGUAUGGUGGGGGUUUUCUGUCAUUCGGAGCUUCGGAAGAACUCCAGGAGGUCAACACAGAGAAACUGACUGUGUUUGUGAACACCCUGAAUGGAAAAGAGGGUGUAGGUUCUCACCUGGUCACUGUGCCUCCUGGCCCAAGCCUGGCAGAUGCACUGCUAUCAUCUCCUAUCAUGGCUGGUGAGGGUGGCACUAUUAUGGGCCUGGGUGCCAGUGACUUUGAGUUUGGAGUGGACCCAAGCGCAGACCCUGAGCUUGCUCUGGCUUUGCGUGUGUCGAUGGAGGAGCAGAGACAAAGGCAGGAGGAAGAAGCUCGCAGGGCAGCAGUGGCUUCAGCUGCAGAUGCUGGAGUCUCAUCCCCUACUGCAGAUGAGUCUGAAAAUGCCCUGUUGAAGAUGUCGACAGCUCCAGCUCUGCCUGAUUUCAGCCGUAUGACGGAAGAUGAACAGAUUGCAUACGCCCUUCAGAUGUCCAUGCAAGGAGGAGAAUUUGGUGGUUCAGAGGCCAUGGAUGUGGAUACAGCUGCUGCAGCAGCAGAGACUAAAACUCCUAAGGAGGAUGAGGAGGAUUAUGAUGUUAUGCAGGAUCCAGAGUUUUUGCAGAGUGUGCUUGAGAACCUACCAGGUGUCGACCCCAAUAACGAAGCCAUCCGUAAUGCCAUGGGCUCACUGGCGUCCCAGAACAGAACUAAACCACCUGAGGGCAAGAAAGAGGAUGAGAAGAAAUAGAGGAAGAUGUUAGAGAGAGGAACAACAGAACAGACUAAUAACAAAUACUUCAGAAAGAAAACAAGUAUCCAUAAACCCUUAACUGUAACGAUGAAUAAGCAUUUUAUUUAGUCUCUCUUAAGUUUCAUCUAAGUAGCAUCUGAUCUGUAACAUUUGAUGGAGCAGAAAAAACCAUGUGACACUACUUAAAAUAGUAGUGCUCUCUUCAGUGUUUCUUCGUUAGAUGGGUUAUUUUAAGUGACCCAACUAUAAUUUCUCUUUAAUUUCUCUUUUGUUUUUGCUUAACAUCUUGAAAAAGUUCCUUUGUCAAUUUUGUAUCACUGUUUUCAGUUCCUUUUGUAAUAAAGGGCUUUGCUAUGA